UUCGUGCCCAACAGCUGUACUUCUUCUGUUUUGUUGUCAAAACAAACUAAAUUGUGCCAAAUAAUCAUCAAUACUACAUGUUUUGCAAUUCUGAAGAGCCAAACAAGAAAAUGGAGAAAAUAUGCAGAGUUUGCGUGGGUACGUCUGCAGCAUUCACAAACAUUUUCGACAAGCCACAAAACUGGGAUACUUGCAUUGCUGACAUGAUAGCGGAGUUCACCGGCUACGAGGUUAGCCGAGGCGAUUUACUGCCAGAAAACAUAUGUCCGCCCUGCCUUGAGGAUGCAGUGAGUGCAUUCAAUCUAAAGACCAUCUGUGUGCAGAGCCACAGACUCUACUUCCAAGAAAGGGAGACGGGUAUGGAAGAGGUCCUCUGUGAUAAUCGUGACGACGAGAACUGUGAUGAAAAAGUCAAAAAAGAUGAUAAGGACGUCGAUGCUUUAUUUAGAUGCCCCCAUUGUUCAAAGCGGUAUACGCAUAGAAGCAACUUAUAUAGACACAUCAAAUUUCAUACGGGUGAACGACCCUACAAAUGCCCCGACUGCUCAAAGUCAUUUAUACAAAAAAGCGAACUCGAAGUACACAUCCGUAUUCACACGGGUGAGCGACCGUUUGAGUGCACGCAUUGCUCGAAGACGUUUAAGCAGAACUCCCAUCUUCAAAUACACAUCCGUACCCACACAAGAGAUCGGCCCCAUCAAUGCUCCGAAUGUCCGAAGUCAUUUCAAGAACUGUCUCAUCUAAAAGUACACAGCCGCACACACACCGGAGAGCGACCGUAUACAUGUUCUCAUUGCCCAAAGUCGUUUUCCCAUGCCGGAACACUUCGGGAUCAUAUCUUGUUGCAUACCGGUGAACGACCAUACCAAUGUUCAGACUGCUCUAUGUCGUUUGCACAAAAAUCAGAGCUGCAAGUGCACAUACGCUCUCAUACGGGAGAGCGACCGUUUAAGUGCUCUCAAUGCCCCAAGUCCUUUGCCCGAGCCGCUUGCCUACGGGCUCAUAUCCGUUUGCAUACUGGCGAACGACCCUACCAGUGUUCCCACUGCCCGAAGUCCUUUAUACAAAAAUCCAAUCUUGAUACACACUUACGUACUCACACGGUGGACCGAUCCGACCACCAAUGCUCCUACUGCUCAAAGUCCUUUAUGAAAAGUUCCGAUCUCCAAGCACAUAUCUGUAUUCACACUGGAGAGCAUCCUUACAAGUGCUCGUUCUGCUCAAAGGCCUUUAUUCACAACUCAUCUCUGAAAAGACAUACCCUUUCUCACACGGGACAAGAGCUUUCAAGUCUACCCGAUGCAUAAAUUCCCUUCUAUCGAACUCACAUCCAUAGGCUCCAUGAAGAAUGGCACGAGUUCUUCCACUGCAGAUCGAGAUCUUGAAACUUUCCGGAAUAACUAAAAACGAGCGAAAUAGUCUCAGAAAAAGAACACCUUUAGGCGUACAUUCGAAUACGAGUGAAUGGUUGCAACUAUUAAAGGGAUCCACACAAAUCACA